AUGCCUCCCAAAAGCACGAAACCAACGAGCGAUGAGCUUCUCGCUCAAUUCGACGACCUCGGCAUCGAUUCAAACACUGAUAAGCAACCCCCGAAGACGGCAGCUGCACCUACUGCUACACAGUCUGAACAAGACAUACUUGCGGAACUCGACAAUCUAGCCACGCAACGACCGAGCAGUGGCCCCGGCACACCCCGUCUGUCGACGACUGAGCCCAGAUCGGCUACUAAGUCACCGAAGCCUGCAGCAGCAGCAUCUACCCCCCAAACCAGCGAAGAGAAGUCGAGCACUCGUAAAUCAGGGGAGAGCACCCGUUCAUUCCGCGCCGGAAACAAAGCUGCGAAUACACAACCGCCUGAGUCUGAAAAGCCAACGGUGCAGGAGGCCUCUGCUAGCACAGGCGGUGGAAGAUGGUGGGGAGGCUUUUUCGCAACCGCCACUGCGGCCAUGAAGCAGGCCGAAGCUGCAGUUAAAGAAAUCCAACAGAACGAGGAGGCCCAGAAAUGGGCUCAGCAAAUGCGCGGAAAUGUUGGUGCUCUCAGGGACCUGGGUGGUGAGCUCAAGAACAGAGCGCUUCCCACGUUCACGUCCAUUCUUCACACUGUUGCACCUCCCAUUUCCUCGCACGAGCGUCUCCAAAUACACAUUACCCACGAUAUCUCUGGUUAUCCCGCUAUCGAUCCUAUCGUAUACUCGGUUUUCGCGCGCGUGAUGGCGCAAGUAGAAGGUGGAGACCUCCUGGUCGUUCAGCGGGGCCAAGAGUCGGGCCCAAAGCGUGGACUUGAUCUCGGUAUCUCGUUUUCCGGGACAGGCUGGAAUGACGGUCCGUGGUGGCGUACAGUUACCCCAGGGCAACCCCGCAGCAUUUCGGCUGUUCGGGGCACUGUGGAAGCGACCAAGCUCGCCCGGGCGAGUGCGGAGUCCUUCGCCACGGAAUACUUCGCCUCGAGGGGCGGCAUUGAAGAAGCCGCGAAACAUGCGACUCAAAUCCUGAGCGAAUCAAAUCCAGUCCGGAGCAGCGAUAUUUUCUUGGCUAUUCAGGCCAUCAGCCAGACUUCCUCCCCCGAGCUGUUCCAGGCAGGAGCAGCAACGGACAAGGCGACUCCGCCGGGCGUAGUUGAUGUGCCUGAGGCCACAGAAGAGGAGAUUGCUUUUGCACUCUAUCUCCACGACCCAAUCCACGGUAUCGCCUUUCACACCAUCUCCCAGACUAUCCCGCAGAAAUGGAUCGAUUGGCUCGAGGCUGCCGCUCCUGCAUCUGCAGACAAUGACGCAGGGGAUGAGGACGUGCCGCGUGCAAGUGUCCCGGAAGAGAUCGCUGAGAUUAUCGAAAGCGGGGCUGUCGAUCCGCGUGAAUGGGUGUCGGAGUGGCUCGAGGAGUCUUUGUCCUUGGCUGUUGGCAUUGUUGCACAGCGCUAUGUGGCUCGCAGAAUGGGAGUGGGUGAGGGAGGCGUUGGCAAGGGCAAGAUGCGAGCUGAACAGGCUUCGGUUGUGGACAGUGGCGCGGGAGAAGCUGCAAGGGCGCUAUAG